GCGAUUCCGCCGCGCAUAGGGUGACGCCCACGCUGCGUUAUUUCUCAUCUCGUUUCGGCGCGUCCACGAGCAGCACCAAGAAUCAGGAAGGUGUUAGACGCUGCGUAGAAACCACCUGAAGUUGUUGUUCUUGUUCUUAUUUUCUGGUGACUUAGAGCAGGCGAGCUUCUACCUUCUGCAGAGAAGGUCAACGAGCAAGUAUAGAGUUGACACACCACACACGUACCGGAGCGACACACACAGACAACCAUGCAAAUGGAAGCAUCUUCGAGUGCCGCGCAGUGUCUACUGGCGCCACUCAUCAAUUUUAUACAUGGUGAUGUGGUACUCGAAGAUGCGUGUUGCCAAAAGGUGGCCAGUGCGCUUAUCAGCGCACACGAGGGUGAACUGAAAGCCCUGGUCUUGGCGCAGGUCCUUCCCAGCGGGCUGCGCAAAGCAAUUGAGACGUACUACGUGCGGGGCUAUCUGUUGGGGGCACCAGAGCUCCUCCAACAAUCUGCGGUGGUCGUCCAAACCCUUCAACAACUCGCUGAAGUCUUGCGAGACGCUUCGGUGUUGGGUCAGGAAGAAUACGUGCCGGUCGAGGCGCCAAACCACUCUAUGGACCAAACUCACCCGACUCCACACGCGUUUCUCUCCUCCGCUGGUGCAUCGAUCACGGAAGACGUGGAGGUGCUCCAGCAUCAGCACGAUAACGCGCACUUGGCACACCUCAUCAACGCUCUCGGCGACGCCGUUGUCGGCUACAUGAUGCACGCUUCAGACCAGUGUGCGCAGCAGGCGGCGGAUUACCUGAACGGGACGACGCGGAAAGGCAGCGGAUUCGCUGGGGCGGCUUACCUGACCUCGCUGCAGCACUUCGCCACGUCGGCGGCUGCCCACCGUGAUGCUCGCCGGCGUGCGCGGGAAGCGGCGCAGGAGGCCGAGGUGCAAGCGCUUCUCUUUGGAGACUCCACCAAUGGGGCAACGGCAACGGCAACGGCGCUCGCCGAGGAAGACGCAGGUAGAAUCAAUGAAGAAGAAGAGAGACCAAGAAACACUGCCGCCGCCUCUUCUCCACCGCCCCCAUCACCACCCGAGGUUGACACGGCUCUUUGCUUUGCAUCCGAGGUGCUCGCAGCGAUGGAAGACGCACUAGCGGUGCCGGAAAGCCAGACAGCGCUGCAGCAGCAGCAGCAGCAGUAUUCGCAACAGCAGCUGCUGAAGCGCUCCAUCUCUUCCUGUGCUCACAAAGGUCGUCUCCUGCAGCCCCUCAACGACUCUGUUCAGGAGCAAUACACGGCGCUGGUGCAGACCACACCGCUGCCCACCCCACACCAGCGCAGUCGCAGUCACAGCAUGACAGACGGCGAGGCUGCCGAGGGCAGCUCUGGUGGGGCACCGACGGUCUUGAGCGGCAAUGAUGAAAGACUGAGUCCCAACAUUGUCGUUGACCCGUCGACGCUGACGGUGGAGAUGAGUGCGGUUCUAUCGCCUCCGCGCUACAGCGGCAACAGCAGCAGCGCAGAAAGCGCGGUGCCGCUUCAUGCCCCAGCUCACAGACAGCACAGGGCCGAUCCCGUGCUGAUUGGCGCGUCCGAGACGAGCGUGCUGCGCAUGAUAGAGAACGCGGCGGUCAGCACAGAGGGUCUCUCCUCUGGCUCUACGACCUCGUCCGUUCCAUUGGCUGCGCAGCCGCAGGAACUGAUUGGCGGAACUCCGUUCCCGCCCUUCUCGAUCUCCCAUCCGCUGCCGGCCGUCGACGAUGCCCGGGAAGGGGCGCGGCGGUGCGCUCGGCGGCAAGAGGCGGAAUCGAGAUCGUACUUUCUGUGUCGGUCGACCAACCGCUUUGAGCCCUACGCGGCGCGAGGUUUCUUCCCGGAGUAA